AUGGAUCGGCGGCUCUCCGGUGGCCUCAAUGUGUACCGUACUGGUUCAGCCCCAACGUUUACAAACCUAGGCGGCGCCUCUGUGACGGUGAUUGACUCGGCCGGUAUUGGGCACUACCUCUUUACUGUAUCGGUUAAUGAUGAUGACGGUGAUACACUCACUACUACCAUGACAGCAGAAACAUACUUCGAUUUCGACACAACAUCACUGCAAGUGACUGUAAAGACGAACGGGGUAGCGCCUGGAACCUACACACUGAACUUCCAGACCACUGAUCCUUGUAGUUCCACAGACACGGGGGUUCUCUCCGUAACUGUCACGAAUUCUCCUCCUGUGAUCUCCAUGUCCAGCCUCCCCCACUACGUCUAUAUACAUGAAGAUACCACGACAGAGACAUUGCUACGCAGCAUCACUACCAGUGACGCCUCGCCCUCCGACACUGUCACAUGUUCCGAAACUGAGGCAAAAUUUCUGUCAAAAUUGACACCAGCUUCAGUAUAUGGUAUAUACUCCAAAACGAAUCCGGGGCUGAGUUACACUACAAAGAAGAAAUACACCAUAGACGUCACAUGUACCGACUCUUACUCAGCGACCGACACUAGUUUCCUUAUUGCCUACAUUCUCCCCAAUACACCGCCUGCCUUUACCAAUUUACCGGACUCCGUGUCCAUUUCAACGACAACGGCUAGCGGUACAAGUGUUUUCCAAGUGGCCACCUCUGACUCUGAGGGUGAUACUAUUACCUUUUCGUCCACGUGUUCAGUGGUCAGCUGUCCUUUUACCAUACAUCCAAACACUGGUGAGGUCCAAACAAAUACCAACCUGAAUGUUUUGACCACUGUUGGUUACGACCUAUUUAUCAGUAUCAGCGACGGCCAGACCACAGUGGGAUCUCGUACAUUGACCGUUCUGAUAACAGGUAUCAACACAGUGCCGGUGAUUCAGAACCUGCCCCUAACGUUUUCACUGUCUGUAAUGGAAACUGUCGGUCUAAGUACGUCGGUGUAUAAGGUGACGGCAGCUGAUCCUGACACGGCCACUCAGAGCCUCACGUACAGCGCUAUAUUCAGCCCAGUGGAAGGAGCUACGGUGUUCACAGUCGAUAGCGCAACCGGACUUCUGCGGACGUCAUCAGCAACUCAGAUUGAUUACGAGGCUCUAACAGCGAAGUCGUUCACGGUGUCUAUUAGCGUGACGGACGGUCAGGCGACAGACACACAAUCUGUCUCCGUGGCCGUAGUAGACAUCAAUGAAGCUCCCGCAUUCUCACUUACAGCAUAUUAUGUAUCGGGAAACGAGGGUGUUUCUGGAACUGUCCUUGGUGACCCGCUUCUCUCAACGACCGAUCCUGAUCCUGCUGACGUCAUCACUUACAGUAUUAACUGUCCCGAUUUUACCAUUGAUCCAACGAGCGGCGUCAUUUCCUUUGCAAUUGACUAUGACCUUGACAUUAUAAGCACAGCGUCAUCAGUCUCGUGCACCUUAACUGCUUCUGAUGGUGACCUUGAGGCGUACGCUUUCUUGUUUAUAACGGUGAAUGCUGUCAAUGAUAAUACACCGACAUUUGGAUCAGACUACUACACAUUCUAUACGUCAAGUUUCGCGUCUGUUGGGGACGUCCUUGGAAGCGUGACAGCCACGGAUGGCGAUCUUGGGAUAUACGGUUCAAUGACCUAUUCCAUCGAUCAGAGCAAUCUCGUAGAUUCUUAUUUCGGCAUUACCGGUACAGGGGGCAUGUACAUUACGAAGUCGACGGCAUCGCUUGGAGCGGGAACCAGCUUCACUUUUACAGCCACUGUUACGGAUCAUGGCGGACUCAAUGAUACAGCUGGUAUAACUGUAAUAGUCCUAUCAACAAGCACAGCACCAUCAACCACCACCACCGAGAGAUACCAACACUUCAUCGAAGACCCUAAAAACGUCAUCUGGAUCACUAGCUUCGGCAUGUGUGCAUUCGGAUCAGCUGUUUUAAUAGGAUAUUUGAUAUAUAGUCAUGACAUUCUUCGCUCGUUCGGAAGUGGAGUCAGAUCUGCAUUCUCAAAAAGCAAGCCGAAAAGAAUGGCAAAAAAAACAAAAAAAUCCAUGCGUGGACGAAGGACACAGAGGAAAAUCACGAAUGCUGGACCCGAACGAAACCAUCACAACACUAAACGAACACGAUUGUGACGUCAUCAAUCCAUUGUUUUGAGUUAUCGGUAUUUAGAUAUUUGUUUCUACCUAGAUAGCCAGUGAUCAUUUAGGCUGACUUAUGCGUUCCAUAAGGAUUGAGGAUUAGCCACCUGAAUCAUAGCCAUGACAAAUUCCAAUCCAUUGUUUGCAUUUCUGCUGAGUAGAGGUCUCAGUUGACUUUUUGAUGUCUUUUGUCUGACGUAAUCUAUCAUCUCUCUGUAAAUAACCUACACUUUUGACUUCUUUUCGUAAACCGCUGAAGCAAUUUCAAUAAACGUAUACUGGAAGGUUCAAUUAUCUAAGGCAAACACAACUUGUGAACUAUGUUGAUCGAACACCAAGGUCACUUGAGGGAUGUUGCCAAAAGGGAUCAAAUUGGUUACAAUUUCAAAAUUAUUUAUUUCAGCUCCAGAUAAGCUGUAAAACGAACUUGCAUGAUUUUGAAGAUCCUGGGGACAUUUAUCAAAAUUGUGAAUUCCGUUUGUAUCACUGAACGGUAUUGUCUCCUCUUAGAAAUUAAACAUUUUGAAAAACCUAUAUUAUAUUCACUUAGUUCGAUUGCAUUAAGGUCGAAAGUCCUAACACCCCCUUCAGUUUCACAGGUUAAGGAAGAAUCAUCAUGGUUUUAUGUAAUCGUUUAGAUUUUCUGAUUGAAUACGCUGAAUGAUAAAGGUCGAAGUGAGAACUUGUACUGAUUUUUGUUGAGUGUCCAUCAGCGAUGGUGCCCAUCAUUAAUCUGUCUAUCGUUCUUUGUCAACUUUCAUGUGAUUUCUCCUGCUUAACGAGCAGCUUUUGAUUACUGAUAUUUUCCAGAUGACUUACAAUGAAUAAAAUGUUGUCAGAUAUGUUUUGAAAAUAGCGUCGAACCACUUGCCUUGAUGCGUUUUAAAUGCGUUGUUCGUCGUUAGGUGAAUACACAAUUAAAGCGUAUUCACCUACGCAUAUUCCGUCUUUGAGUAUUGCAGAGUUAUCUUCUCUUGUGAGCAUGUAU